GCUGAUAGGUCCAUAUGUCAGUCAGACCUACACACACAGAUGGACAAACGCACCCAUAGACUCACUCGCGCGCACACACACAGACACGUCUCAUGACAGACACACGGCAUCCAUCGAGUAGGUCCCUCGUCUGUCAGUCAGACCCUCAUCAACACAGCAGCCGACGGCGUCGUCCGGUGACGUCCUGUGAUCAUGUUCAUCAGUGUGUGUGUCGAGCCGCCCGGCCGUGCACACCAAACCUGCCACCCACCGAAACAGUUGACGUGUCGCUCAUGGAUUGUGUGGUUCAUUCAGUCGUGCAGUCAGUGAGUCUGACAGAAAUGAGUUAAACCCUCGCCCAUCCGUCCCGACCACAAUGCAAACAGAGCACAUAAGCCAUGCAGACGCACUCAGUUCCCCUCCACUAAUUCUCGCCAGUCAGACAGGCAGACCCUCUCCACCAGUUAAAUGCACCACCAACACCUAGUAGCCGACAGCCAGCACCCCUCAUUCCAUUACUGCUCCCCUGUCGAUGACGUCACGCUCGAGACCGAAUCGCCGCAGCAGACGGCGGGCAGCACCAACCGACACGGGGUAGCGCUGGGCGAGCGGGUGGGACCGAUCGGCAGCAGAUGGCUCAGUUGUGUAGAGGUCGAUGGAGCCAUCCUCCAUCACCAGAUGUGCAGCGAUGGUCUCGUUGGGUCGGAAGCCGCUCACAAUCACAAAACGAUCGUGCCUCGCAUCAGCAGCAUUCAGAUUGACCCUGUCGUAGCGGUAGUCGGCGACGAUGCCUUGGUCCUCUGUGAUGCCGUCGGUCCUUAGCAGACGGCCAUAGCGCCGGUUGUCACGGCCAAUGGUUCUAAUGAGCACCUCCUUGUCGUCCACCCCCUCUCCAUGUGACCAAUAGAGGAGCAGCCUGUGCAGCGGGAAUGCCGAGAAUGAGGGAUACAGUUGGCCGCCCUGUCGGAUGACGGGGUCAGCUCGCUUGUAGCCCUCAGCAUAGGGAUGGCCGCCAGGCAGCUCACCCAACGGCACCACACGAAACGACUGAUUGCCGGUCCGAUAGCUCUCAUAGGCCCCGUCAUCGAUUUGCUGCAGUGCCAGGCUGGAACCAUAGUAGCUGAGCUGCUGGCCGAUGAUGUUGUAGAUGGCCAUGGCGAGUGGCAGUUGGUGGAAGGCCGUUGCUGUGAGCAGUGAGGCAGCCGGCAGACGGAGGGGCCGCGUCGCAUUGGGGGUCAGCCGGUAGAUGAAGGCCAGCCGAAGGAACCGCCCCAUCGCCUGCCACUCCUCGCCACUGCCCCGCUCCAGCAGAUAGACCACCUUCAAGCCGGCCUCCACAUCACCGCCAAUGUCGAAGGCCAACACGUCCGCCAGGCGCAGACGACUGAUGUGCUCAUCCACGCGGCGCCUCACCUCAUAGAGCAUCGUGUCGACAUCAUCGGGAUGGGUGUUGCUGAUGUGUGAGCGGAGAGCGGCGCGUCUGUUGGGGUCAGUGGACAUGGCCAUUUCAGCCGCCUUGCUGAUGGCGAUGCUGCGCAGUGGCGGGACUGCCGGCGGGGCGGUGGGGCGAUUGGGAUUGGGAGGGGGAGGCUGGGCAGAGGACGCCAUCAGUCAGUCAACUGAU